ACCUCAGUCCAGGAGCCACCAUGUCUGAAGACAUCAAAACCAAGAUCCGAAACUACCGCACGGGGCCCUUUAACAGCCGCUUCCCCAACCAGAACCAGACCAGUAACUGCUGGCAGAACUACCUGGAUUUUCACCGUUGUGAGAAGGCCAUGAACGAGAGAGGUGGUGAUGGUUGCCAGUGGUAGAAACGUGUCUACAAGUCCCUUUGUCCACUGUCCUUGGUGAAUACUUGGGAUGAUCACAGAGCAGAAGACACCUUCCCUGGGAAGAUCUGA